AUGGGAUACAUAUUUGCGCUGCACUGCGGCUUUGCUUUUAUUUUUCUUACCCUCGGCCCCGUCAUUGCAGACGUGAACUAUUCUAUGUCAGAGGAGAUGAAACGUGGAUCUGUAAUUGGAAAUAUCGCUAAGGAUCUGGGACUUGAUUUGGGCAGACUGUCUGCUCGAAAGGCCCGUAUUGAUACAGAGGAUAACAGUGUUAAGUACUGCAGCGUGACUCUCAACACAGGGGAGUUAAUUGUACAAGAAAGGAUUGACCGAGAAGGACUCUGUGCGAAAAAGGCAUUGUGUGUUCUGAAACAGGAACUGCUGCUGGAAAAUCCUUUGGAACUCCAUCGCAUUAAUAUCCGAGUUCAAGACAUCAACGAUAACUCACCACUUUUUAAGGAAGAUACACUUAAGAUCGAAAUACAGGAAUCAGCAGAUAACGGCGAACGUUUUCUUCUGGGAGAAGCACACGACGCAGACAUAGGAGAAAAUGCUGUUCAAAGCUAUUCACUUCAGCAGAAUGAUCAUUUCAAACUAAACGUAAACACAAAUGCGGGUGGUCGGAAAUACUGUGAACUAGUUUUAGACAAAGAACUCGACAGGGAGGACAAAAAAGAGAUUGCGCUGUUACUGACCGCCUUUGAUGGAGGCUCUCCUCAGAGAUCAGGCACUGUAGUCAUACAUGUCACUGUACUGGACGCUAAUGAUAAUGUACCAGUGUUUAGUCAGAAUGUCUAUAAAGCUACUAUGCCUGAAAACUCUCCACUGGAAACAUUAGUAAUCAUAGUGAGUGCUACUGAUACAGAUGAAGGUUUAAAUAGCGAAAUUACUUAUGGAUUUGAUCAUAUUUCAGGUGAAAGUAGCGAUGUGUUUUCAUUAAAUCCCAAAACAGGAGAAGUUCGUGUAGCUGGACCUAUUGAUUAUGAAAAAGUGUCAUCAUAUGAAAUGCACAUAAGCGCCAAAGAUGGAUUGGGACUAGUUUCAUAUUCAACAUUAAAUGUUGAAGUUACUGACAUGAACGACAAUGCCCCAGUUAUAUAUCUGAAAUCACUGUCUAACCCAAUACCGGAGAACGCGUCACCUGGUACAGAGGUGGGCAUCAUUAACGUGCAGGACAGAGACUCUGAGAACAAUCGACAGGUCCGCUGCUCCAUCCAGCAGGGUGUCCCCUUUAAGUUGGUUCCCUCAAUUAAAAACUAUUAUUCUCUGGUGACCACAGGACAACUGGAUCGUGAACUAGUGUCUGAUUACAACAUUACAAUCACAGUCACUGACGAGGGCUCUCCACCUCUGUCCUCCUCUAAAACUGUUCACUUAUCUGUAGCUGACAUCAACGACAACCCACCUGUGUUUGAGGAACAGUCGUACAGCGCAUAUGUGAGUGAAAAUAACAAACCUGGCUCCACUUUAUGUUCCGUUAGUGCUCGAGACCCCGACUGGAGACAAAACGGUACAGUGAUUUAUUCUCUGUUACCUGGUGAGGUGAACGGUGCUCCGGUGUCCUCCUAUCUGUCUGUGAACGGCGACACGGGCGUGGUCCACGCUGUGAGGUCGUUUGAUUAUGAACAGUUCAGGAGUUUCAAAGUCUACGUGAUGGCCAGAGACAACGGUUCUCCUCCUCUCAGCAGCAACGUGACCGUGAGUGUGUUCAUCUCGGAUGUGAAUGACAACUCUCCUCAGAUCCUGUACCCCUCCCUGGAGGGCAACUCGUUCAUGACCGAGCUGGUCCCCAAAGCUACACACGGAGGCUCUCUAGUGUCCAAAGUGAUAGCGGUGGACGCGGACUCCGGACAGAACGCCUGGCUGUCCUAUCAUAUAGUCAAAUCCACUGAUCCGGGACUUUUUACUAUUGGUCUCCACAGCGGAGAGAUCAGGACACAGCGGGACAUUUCUGAAUCUGACAGCAUGAAACAGAACCUGAUAGUCUCUGUGAAAGAUAACGGACAGCCCUCUCUGUCUGCCACCUGUUCCAUGUAUUUAGUUAUUUCUGAUAACUUGGCUGAGGUGCCAGAACUGAAGGAUCUUUCUUAUAGUGACAGCAAUUCGAAACUGACCUCUUACCUGAUCAUCGCACUGGUUUCUGUGUCCACCUUUUUUCUGACGUUCAUCAUCAUCAUCCUGGGUUUGAGGUUUUGUCGCAGGAGAAAACCCAGACUGUUGUUUGACGGAGCAGUUGCCAUCCCCAGCGGUUAUCUCCCUCCUAAUUACGCAGAUAUUGACGGCACAGGGACUUUGCGCAGCACUUACAAUUAUGACGCGUACCUGACAACGGGUUCUAGAACCAGUGACUUUAAUUUUGUGACAUCAUACAAUGACAACACGCUGCCUGCUGACCAGACUCUGAAGAAAAGCCCAUCAGAUUUUGCUGAUGCGUUUGAAGAAUUUGAAGGGGACUCCGAGGUAUGA